AUGGUUUCUCGAAAACCGCUUCCUCCAAAUGCGACAUUCGACCCCGCCGUACCAUCACAUGCUCGAUCGCCAGAACCAAAGCCCGAUGCACAACAAGAAUUCGUAUUACCGCCCUUUGAAUCCACUGGUGGAUUCUGGGACGAUACCUCGAACGACAUAAACCAAAAUCAAAACACCGACGCUGCACAAGACAUGUUGAACUCGCACCAGCCAGGCCAGGCUGCUGGCAACUAUGCGGGCUUGGAGGAGGAGAAUGUCUGGGCUAAUAAUAAUAGCUCUUCCAACCUCGAUCGAGUCCCGACAGUUUUGAGGCCCGGAAGCAGCCAUCGAAUGGACAACACUGGAUCUCUGGGAAAAGUGGCGGAGAGGACAGACGCGGGGUUGGAUGUCACACGGGUGCCGACCAUCCUCAGGCCCGCUGGCGGGCCGUCCAGUCGAGAGACCAACCCAUUCAAAAGAAAGAUGCAUAACCAGGAUGGAUCUGCGAAUCCUGCGUCAACAUCCUCCACCACUCCUCUCCCAGAAUCCCUGACUGGGGCAUUUUCAGACCUAGCCGUUGGAGAUACGACCAAGAACCCGUGGCAACCAGCGCUUAGCGACAACAGCGCACUUGGCCAACGGCCGUCGUAUCAGUUACCAGAGCCGUCGCCAGGGAUGGAGGACGGCUGGAAGGGCUCGGAGACACCGCGCCCAUCGACAUCUACGCCACCCAGGCUCUUGUCACUCCCUUCGGAGGAGGGCUCCGCGGGCUGGGAGAACGAAAGGGACAAGCCCCCUAACAUCCAGUUAGGGUUCACAGCGGAGGAGGACGAGGUUCUUGGUGAUUCCCACGCCUGGGAUGACCUUGGCACUGUCAACAAGGGGAAUGGUACAGCCGCCGUGCCCGCUGUUCCUGAUAAGGGCGGUUCAGACGACGAGUGGAAUUUGAUAGACGUGGAUCCUCCUCGCUCUAGUCAGCCCAAUGUCCAACAAAGUCCCUCUAAUUCUAAGCCAAGCCCACCUCGGAGAAGGGAUACAUGGGAAGACUUUGAUGAAGAAAAGGAUACUCCCCAGCCGAGCACCUCACAACAGGUAGCAGCGCCCGUAACGAAAGACCAACCGCCGCCUCAGGGGAAAGCUCCUGAACUUCCUGCAAGGACUGAACUUCCACCACGAACAGAGCUUCCUCGACGAACAUCAAGCGAGCAACCGCCGCCACAACCUCCCCGUCCUGUGGACAAGAACGAAACAUACCACAUCAAGAACAUCAACUGGUUUGAUAUAACGGCUGCCAAAAACCCGAGAUCGACGCCUAUUCUUGUUCAGAAUGCCAACGGCCCCUGCCCUCUUGUUGCUCUUGUCAACGCCCUUACACUUACCACGCCGGCUGAUAAGAACACGGCGCUGGUUGAUACGCUAAAGACACGAGAACAAGUCAGCCUGGGUUUGCUACUUGAUGCUGUGUUCGAUGAGUUAAUGUCCGAGAGGCGUCUUGAUCCAAAUGUUCCCUUACCGGAUAUCACCCAACUUUACAGCUUCCUCCAAGGACUGCACACUGGCAUGAACGUCAAUCCUCGGUUUAUUCCAACAGAGUCUAUCUUGCAAUCUUUCAAGAGGACGUCACUUACUCACAUUCACCCGAGUCAACGCGGCGAGAUGUCUAUACCUGGAACUUUUGAGCAUACCAAGGAGAUGACACUGUACUCGACCUUUUCGAUACCGCUGAUUCACGGCUGGCUGCCUCGUCCGGACGAUAUUUUUUACCAAUCCUUUGCGCGGCAGGCGACUUCCUAUGAAGAUGUCCAGAAUCUGCUUUUCCGGGAAGAGGAGCUAGACGAUAAACUAAGUAGCAGCCACCACCACGAGGGGUUGACCGAAGAGGAGCAGCAACUGUACCAAGACAUUCUUUCGAUCAAGUCGUUUUUGCACAGCUCUGCCACGCAGCUUACCAACUUUGGUUUGGAGGUUAUCAAGAAGUCGAUGAAGCCAGGAUCAGUUGCUAUCUUGUUCAGAAACGAUCAUUUCGCCACUCUGUACCGACAUCCUCAGACGCUGGAGCUUCUCACGCUGGUUACCGAUGCAGGAUAUGCAGGUCACGCCGAGGUUGUGUGGGAAUCUCUCGUCGACACCACCGGCGAAAAGGCCGAGUUCUUUUCAGGAGACUUCCGUGUUGUAGGUGGCGCUUCACAUACUUCAUCGACGCCCGCUGCUAGAACUCAAGGGUCUGGCAGCUGGGCUGAUGUGGCCUCCAGCUCUGGCAACAGACGAAGCAGAGAACAGGGCCGUGGUGGCCGAAGCAGUUCUAGUGAGGCCCCAACCUCGCCAACAACCGAACAAGAGGACCGAGACUUUGCCAUGGCCCUCCAACUCCAAGAGGAAGAGGACAACCGUCAUCGUCAAGAGGAAGACCGCCGUCGUAGAGAAGCCAGGUUGUCAGAGCAGUACAUUGAACAGCAGGGACGGGCAGCUCAAGCGCAUAACAGCCGUGGUGGGGCCGGCUCAGGCCGAGGAGGCAGCCACGCUGCGUCUCGUAGUACGAGCUCGUUGGGAUCCUCGGGUACCGCCAACACCGGCCGUCGUGCCCCAAGCGGAGUCCGCGUCACUUCAUCCACUCCUACAGUAGCUUCCUCGAACAACAGUGCUACGCCCAAUCGUCCUCGGCCAUCCACGCAAACAGUUAGAUCGCUGAUUCCGCCUGUUCAGCCGGCGGCCGCGGCGAAUAGAGACCCGGAGGCUGGGUUGGAUGAUGCUCCUCCUAGUUAUGAGCAAGCAUCUCAACAGGCGGCGUACGAGCCGCCGACUGGUCAUCCGGCACACCCCGCUAGUAGCCCAACCGCGGCGACGUCACAGCCAGCGUCUACUCCCGGGGGAACGCAAAGGCCAAGUACGGGCGCUUCUCAACCCUCGCCGAGGGUUAAUAAUGCCCCUAGAACGGGCGGAAGUGCUGGGGGGAGGGCGCCGAGUGGGAGUCAUGGGUAUCCGGGAGCUGGAGGUGCUGGACCGGGGAGACAAGGGUUGAGGCAGGGGGUUCCAGUUGUGCCUGCUAAUGGACGGCCUGGGGUGGUAGAGGAGAGGGAGAAGUGUGUGGUGAUGUAG